AUGCAGUUCUCCAUCGCCACUCUUCUCGCUCUCGCGGCUGCUGCCCCCUUCACCUCUGCCGCCGGUGUCCUCACCCGCCCCAAGGCCAACGAGUACAAGGAUACCAACUGCAAGGACUCGAGCUACGGCCACAACUCCUACUUCCUCUACGACGUCACCAUGGAUGACACCACCAACUCGGUAUACCUAACCAACGGCUACUCGGUCGACGGCAAGCAGAAGGGCUGGUACGGAUACUCGGAGAAGAGCAAGAACGGCGGUGUCUGCCAGGGCGUCAACCUCGGCCGUAUGCCCGAGGGUUGCGUCAAGAUCAACGAGGUGGCUAAGCUCGUGGGAAGGGUCAAGUGCGUUGAGUCGGUUUACCUCUAA